CUGGGCUGCUCUCUGAUCCUCCUCUCUCCCCCAGCCCCUUCUUCAGCCCUUCUGCUGGGCGUAGCUGACUGGGGAAAGCCAGCCCAGUUACAUAACCCUGUGGCUGGGACCCGGGAGGCCAGCCUGGGGAGCAGGUGCUCAGCCCCUCCCUCAUCACCAGCAGUGAAAAUCUUUAGCUGGAGCCCAGCCUCUGGGAAGGCCCAGCAUGGAGGCAGCCACAGCUCCGGAGGUGGCUGCGGGAUCCAAGCUGAAGGUGAAAGAAGCCAGCCCAGUGGAUGCUGAAGGACCCCAGGCUUCACCUGGACAGGGCGUUGGCAGCCCCACUCCCCAGCUCCUGCCCCCUAUAGAAGAGCACCCCAAGAUCUGGCUACCUCGGGCCCUGAGGCAGACCUACAUCCGGAAGGUUGGGGACACAGUGAACCUACUAAUCCCAUUCCAGGGCAAGCCCAAACCUCAAGCCACCUGGACACACAAUGGCUGUGCCUUGGACACCAGCCGAGUGAGCGUGCGGAAUGGGGAGCGAGACUCCAUCCUCUUCAUCCGAGAAGCCCAACGUGCUGACUCAGGUCGCUACCAACUCCGUGUCCAGCUAGGCGGGCUGGAGGCCACAGCCACCAUUGACAUCCUGGUGAUUGAGAGGCCAGGUCCUCCUCAGAGUAUUAAGCUAGUGGACGUCUGGGGCUUCAACGCUACCCUGGAAUGGACACCGCCCCAAGAUACAGGCAACACAGCACUCCUGGGAUACACGGUGCAGAAGGCUGACACAAAAUCUGGGCUGUGGUUCACAGUGCUGGAGCACUAUCACCGCACCAGCUGCAUUGUCUCUGACCUCAUCAUCGGCAACUCCUAUGCCUUCCGUGUCUUUGCUGAAAACCAGUGCGGACUCAGUGAAACAGCCCCCAUCACCACUGACCUCGCCCACAUCCAGAAAGCAGCUACUGUUUACAAGACCAAGGGGUUUGCCCAGCGAGACUUUUCUGAAGCCCCAAAGUUUACCCAGCCUCUGGCCGACUGCACUACAGUCACUGGCUAUAACACCCAGCUCUUCUGCUGUGUCCGUGCCUCUCCUCGGCCCAAGAUCAUCUGGCUGAAGAACAAGAUGGAUAUCCAAGGCAACCCUAAGUACAGAGCCCUGACUCACCUGGGGAUCUGCUCCCUAGAGAUCCGCAAGCCUGGUCCCUUUGAUGGAGGCAUCUAUACCUGCAAGGCAGUGAACCCCUUAGGGGAGGCAUCUGUGGACUGUCGGGUGGAUGUGAAAGUUCCUAAUUGAGGACACCUAAGAGGAUAUGGUACUCUGGUAAAGGUGUGUGGUCCCAAGCAGCACAUUACUGGCAAAAGGCAACUCAGCUCAUCAUUUAGAACUUGACAGCUCCUUUAGAUGUUCCAUCAUUCACAGUAGGUAUGUUGUGUACAAACUGAGGCAUAAGGUGAAAAAGAAGCUUGAGACAGAACAAAAGAGAACAAGCUCCCAGUGUCCCCUCUGACUCGUAGCUGCUGGCUGAUGGAAAUUGAAAAUGAAUUUGAUCCCAGAAGACAUUUAUUUAAGGCUCUCACUGGUAUGUAGCAGAUGAAAGCCCUAAGGGAUGCGUUACAAGUACAAACUUCUCAGGAAAGCGCUCUCCCACAGUCCGCUUGCAGAGACAGCUCUCCCUCCCUCACCUCCCUCUCUGUGUUAAUGUUAUUUGUAUUCAAGCUAGUUGCCCCUUUCCCUCUCUCACAGCCAGUGCCCAGCAAUGAAGUGAAUUCAUGGCACAGGAGCCAGGGACCGUGAGGAGGAUGCCCUCAGCAGCCUGGUGUGCUCUGGCCAUUUGCUGUCAUGGCUACAAAGUGCUCUCUCGUUCCAGUGCCUCCAGGAAGCCUGCCCGGGGUGAGAUUCUGCCCUCCAGGAGCUUCGGCGCCCUGUCUGGUUUGGAUUCAUCUAAAUAAAUGUGUGACUCCCCAGUG